AUGAACGAUAUUGAAAGAACACACGAGACAAAACUCAAUGGUUUACGGGGAAAAAAACAAAGACGUGCUCCACAACGACAGAUUCUUGACCCGGUAACAAAUCGUCCACGUCAGAUUGUCGAUCCGGUGACAAAUCUUCCACAGGAGAUGGGAGAUCCGGUGACAAAUCUUUCAGAAUACAACUUAACCGAUAGCGAGCAUGAUGCUCUAGUAAAUGGAUUAAAUCACGUAUAUCCACCUGAAAAACUCGAUCAACCACAGUUCGUAUGCAAUAUGGAAUAUUUUUAUGCACGUCUUUUAAAUGUGCGAACUGCUUAUCGACGUUACGAACAGAAACCAUCUGCUGAAGCUGUUCGUCACCAAUUAACAUCAGUACAAUUGAGUACGGCAUCUGAAUUACGUGAGACAUCGAAUUCUUUUCGAAAAGUUGCUCAAUCUGAACUGAAGAAAAUUGGUGCUGAACAUCGUAAAACUUUUAAUACUCUUCGUUCUCUCGCUAAAAAUAAAUCGAUCAUUAUUACUCGACCUGACAAGGGACGUGGUGUGGUUAUCAUGAAUCGUGCAGAUUAUGUACAAAAAAUGAAUGCAAUACUCGAUGAUCGAUCUGCUUUUACUUUAAUCAAUUAUGAUCCAACGUUAGAUACUGAAACUGAACUAACUAAAUUUCUGCUUGUCCUAAAAAAAGAAGGUUUUAUUAGUGAUCAGGAACACAAGUUGGCAUCCCCCAGUGGAUCAAGACCAGCUCGAAUAUACGGUGUACCUAAAUUACAUAAAAAACGAGAGAAUUAUCCUCUUCGACCUGUAAUGUCAGCUACAAAAACAGUAGCUUAUGGACUCGGUAAAAUGUUGGCUAAUCGAUUGAAUACACUUCGUGCAAGUCCGUAUAUGAUCAAAGAUAGAUUUGAUUUUGUUCGAAAAAUCAGAAAAUUAGAACUUGGGGAUAAAAAAAUGAUCUCUUUCGAUGUUACGAGCCUGUUUACUAAGGUUCCACUAACCUAUACCAUUGACAUGAUACUCGAUAAAAUAUAUCCUAUGUGUUCUUCAAUAUGUAAAUAUAAACAAAGAAGUCGUCUUUGUGCAAAGUGCAGGAAUAGGUCGGAUUUUCAACAUCUUCUCCGAUUAGCUACAUCAAAAACUCACUUCAUUUUCGAUAAAAAAAUGUACGUUCAACAUAAUGGUGUUGCAAUGGGUGCACCUCUUGCUCCAAUAAUUGCGGACAUUUUUAUGUCACAUCUCGAGGAGAGUGUGAUGGAUCACUUGAAGCAAAUUGGUGUUUGUGAGUGGUAUCGAUAUGUCGACGACACAUUUGUACUUGUUGAACCUACAACAAAAGUAGAAAAUGUACUCGAAAUUUUAAAUAAUUUUCAUCCAUCUAUCACUUUCACUCAUCAACUAGAAAUAAAUGGCUCUCUUUCUUUUCUCGAUGUAUGGGUUACCCGGUCACCUGAAACCAAGAAAUUUCAAACAGCCGUCUAUCGAAAAGACACAUUUACUGGUCUUAUGAUAAAAUGGAAUUCCUUUGUACCUGCAAGUUACAAAAAGGGUACCAUUGUAACAAUGAUACACAGAGCGCUAGCUACAUGUUCUACAUACACGUCAUUAGCCACUGAAUUCGAGAAUAUUCGUCAAAUCGGUCUCCAUAACGGUUAUCCAUUAUCGUUUCUCGAUACUCGAAUAGGCAUCGGAUUAAGUGCUUUGAGCAAAGCUCUUAUUGCUCUACUCAUCAUCGCAGUUGUAGCGACUGCUGUGACUGUCCCAGCCGUUCUCUUAACACGACCAACAGCACAAUCCUCGACUACACUAACAUAUACUAAUUCGUCAACCGAACUGUCAACGAUGACUAUCUCUUCAGCAGACACAACAACAAUAGUGAGCAUGGCUUCGGUAAACACAGAAAUCACGUCAAACGUCGUUUUGACAACCAUGGAAACAACAGUGGACAUCGCUUCGACAGUCUCAAUAACAGCGGAUAUGACUUCGAUAACAGCAGCGGAUAUGACCUCGAUAACAGCAGCGGAUAUGACUUCGAUAACAGCAGCGGAUAUGACUUCGAUAACAGCAGCGGAUAUGACUUCGAUAACAGCAGCGAGCUCCGCUUCGACAAUCAUUGCUAAUGUAACAGCACCGAUAGCGGGUAAGAUUUAA